GGUUGGUGGGGGGCUGUGCGGAGGCUGACGGGGGUGAGGUUACAGCUGCAGCACCCGUCUUGAAUGACUGAGCUGUAAAUGUGUCUCUUUCAUAAACUGUGCAGUAUCAGUGCAGAGGCUCUGGCCAAUGAGGCUGCAGUAGGCACUAAAAUGGCCAAGCCAAUGGCUUAGUGUCUGUGUGGUAUAUAAAGAGGGGCCAGAGACCUCCAGAGUUGGGUGACCCCUAUUUUGGCUGUGGUGAACAGGAUCUGAUCCCAAGGACUGUUACCUCUGUACUUGUCUGGUGUGCAGGUAAAGAAAUGAUUAGUUUUGUGGGGUUAAAGAAGAGCAGAGGUGGAGAUAUGGAUGGAUUGGGAGAACAAGCAAAGCAUUUAAAAUAGCACAAACAAUUAGUUCUGGCUACCUUUUCUUUUAAUGAAGAGCUGUGGACAUGAAGUCCAUGAUGAAAUCAAAGGAUAAUUGUGCAACAAAUCUGGUACGUUUGCAUCCAUAUGAUGCAUUAAAAAAAGAGCUAAUUUCAUUGAAUUGUUCUCCGUUAAGAUUAAGCUUAAAGAUCAUGCUUUAACAUACUGACAGACAGGCUGUGGUUCCAGUGAUAACUUGUGUCACUCCACUCUUUAUUCUUGCUCUCUGCAUAUGAUUUUCUUUUGGACAGUGAUUUAUGUGGACAGGUGCUUCGCAGUUUGAUACAUGUAGGAGAGACAGACUGAAGUCCCCCAUGUGUCAUCUGCGACUUUUGCUGUUUCAAAGUUACACUUUUGGAGCUUUUUGGCUGUAAACUAAUCAGAAAAUUGUCACAUUGAAAGGGAUUACUGAUUUAAAGAACGGCUAAUUUUGUAAAUCAGUUUGGGACUGAGGUGCAGAUCAUAUUUCAUGUGAUGUAACGAGUGCGUCAUUGCAUGCAUCAUGUAUGUACUCAUGUUGAACAGCUUAUCAGGUAAUGAGAGUAAGAAGAGUAUGUCCAUAUAUAUUGUUGGAUCGCAGUAGCUGGACAAGUCUGCUGCUAAUCAGGCUUCUUUCAGCAUUGUGACAAUUAUACUUUUGCAGUAAUCCUGUAGAGUGACACAAAGACCUUGUAGUGCUUUCAGUGACCACUCCUGUGCUGGAACUGACCAGUCAAGUUUUCAUUUAUGUGCAUUUAUGUGUCAAUGUGCAAUCAGGACAGUUGUGAUUGCACGUAUAAAGCUUUGCUUGUAGAUACUGAGGACAUAAAGGGUACACAGUCAGAUGUACUUGUGCUAAAAAUACCCAGCCAACAGGCACUCCUCCCUGUACUCUGUUUCAAAGUGACAUCUGAGCUGCUGGAAAUUGAGUGACACUUGUUACCAAGAUUCCUCUGCCGACACCGCUUAAAACUUGCAGCUGUCACACAGAAUAUCCCGUAUCCCCAAAUGCUGCAGAAAUUUUGUGACUAUUUCGAUCACCUCUACAAUCUCCAGAUGAAACAGUUUAUUAUCGUUCCAAGAUUUAGUCAAAGGCUUUUCCCUCACUUUGCAGUGUUAGAAAGCAAUCAUGCCUUUCGGAAACACCCACAACAACUUCAAGCUCAACUACAAAGUUGAGGAGGAGUUCCCAGAUCUGUCCAAGCACAACAACCAUAUGGCCAAGGCUCUGACCAAGGAGAUAUAUGGCAAGCUGAGGGACAAACAGACACCCAGUGGCUACACUCUGGAUGAUGUCAUCCAGACUGGUGUUGACAACCCUGGUCACCCCUUCAUCAUGACUGUUGGCUGUGUUGCUGGUGAUGAGGAGUCCUAUGAGGUCUUCAAGGAUCUGCUUGACCCUGUCAUCUGUGACCGUCAUGGUGGAUACAAGGCCACUGACAAGCACAAGACUGACCUCAACCAUGAGAACCUGAAGGGUGGUGACGACUUGGACCCCAACUACGUUCUGUCUAGCCGUGUUCGUACUGGUCGCAGCAUCAAGGGAUUCACCCUGCCCCCCCACAACAGCCGUGGAGAGCGCAGAAUUAUUGAGAGGCUGUCCAUUGAGGCUCUGAACAGCCUGGAUGGUGAGUUCAAGGGAAAGUACUACCCCCUGAAGACCAUGACUGAUGCUGAGCAGGAGCAGCUGAUCGCUGAUCACUUCCUGUUUGACAAGCCCGUGUCUCCCCUGCUGACCUGCGCUGGUAUGGCCCGUGACUGGCCUGAUGGCAGAGGCAUCUGGCACAACGAAAACAAGACCUUCUUGGUCUGGGUGAAUGAGGAGGAUCACCUUCGUGUCAUCUCAAUGCAGAAGGGUGGCAACAUGAGGGAGGUGUUCAGGCGUUUCUGCGUUGGCCUGCAGAAGAUUGAGGAGAUCUUCAAGAAGCACGACCAUGGCUUCAUGUGGAAUGAGCAUCUCGGGUACAUCCUGACCUGCCCCUCCAACCUGGGCACUGGCCUGCGUGGUGGCGUCCAUGUCAAACUGUCCAAGCUGAGCACACAUCCCAAGUUUGAGGAGAUCCUCACCAGGCUGCGUCUGCAGAAGCGCGGCACAGGUGGUGUGGACACUGCCUCUGUGGGUGGUGUGUUUGACAUCUCCAACGCCGACCGUCUGGGCUCCUCUGAAGUGGAGCAGGUCCAACUGGUGGUUGACGGUGUCAAGCUGAUGGUUGAGAUGGAGAAGAAGCUGGAGAAGGGAGAGAGCAUUGACGGCAUGAUCCCAGCCCAGAAGUAAAGAGGGACAAUCUUCCGUUUUUUUCGUGACCGUUCAUGUGUAAUUGAGCCAACGGAUGGACGCACAGAGGAAACAGCCGCUCACCUAGAGACUCUUGACUCUGCAAACUUCUUUCUCUUCUUUCCUGCUUUUUCUUUUCUCUGUCCUCUUUUUUUUUUUUUUAAGUUCUCCUGUGUUGGUUGGUAACAUCCUGGGAUCAGCCUCCACUGAGCUGGGCUUGCCUGGCAAAUGUGGCAUCACCUACUUUUUGUUAUAAAAAGUAAAGAUUAUUGAAGCUGCUCAUACUGCUCAAUA